AUGACAGACCAAAAGAAGAAGCGGAGGAGAGGGACGAAGCCGGUGGAGCUGACGAUCCACCUGGGGGCUUGCUCUCUUGCCAGGCUGAGGCUCCCGACUGGGAGCGAGGAGGAGGAACCCCUCCAACUCCGAGAACCGGAGCCGGCCACCAUAGAGCUACCGCCGCCCCCUGAGCGGUGUUUCUUCCGGCCCGAGCAGCUGGCUAAUAGAGGGGCCAGAGCGGUGGGGGAAGCCAUCCCGCGAGUGCCCCGCUCUCUUAAAGGGGCCACGCCCGUUUCGCCCGCGGCCCUCGCGGAUCAGUUCUUCACCCUCCAGGGGCUCUACUGGAGGGUGAUGGAGGAACCGGCGGCUCCGGACUCCCCCCAGGUGGACCAGCUCGCCAUGCAGCUGCGGAGUGGGUUCGCCGCAUUCUCUCCCACCUCUCCUCCGAGCGAUCUGGAGAGAUUGGCAGAGGAUCUCCGGAGGCUGAUCCUGCUCCAGAGAGCUACGGCUCCAGCGCCAGUGCAGCCGCUCCCUCAGCCUGCGGCUCCAGCGCCAGUGCAGCCGCUCCCUCAGCCUGCGGCUCCAGCGCCAGUGCAGCCGCCCCGUCCGCCUGCAGCUCAUGUGCAGCCGCCCCUGCCUGCGGCUCCAGAGCCCGAGCUGCCGCCCCUGCCUGCAGCUCCAGAGCCCGAGCUGCCGCCCCUGCCUGCGGCUCCAGAGCCCGAGCUGCCGCCCCUGCCUGCGGCUCCAGAGCCCGAGCUGCCGUCCCUGCUUGCGGAUCCAGAGCCCGAGCUGCCGCCCCUGCCUGCGGCUCCAGAGCCUGAGCUGCUGCCCCUGCCUGCGGCUCCAAUCCUGUCCCACUCCAGUCCCGUCUCUCCCUGCGACCCCUACGCCCUCACCCCGGCGACCUCGACCCCGACCAAGCGUCGUGCUGUCUGUGUCUCGCUGAGGCUCCCGACUGGGAGCGAGGAGGAGGAACCCCUCCAACUCCGAGAACUGGAGCCGGCCACCAUAGAGCUACCGCCGCCCCCUGAGCGGUGUUUCUUCCGGCCCGAGCAGCUGGCUAAUAGAGGGGCCAGAGCGGUGGGGGAAGCCAUCCCGCGAGUGCCCCGCUCUCUUAAAGGGGCCACGCCCGUUUCGCCCGCGGCCCUCGCGGAUCAGUUCUUCACCCUCCAGGGGCUCUACUGGAGGGUGAUGGAGGAACCGGCGGCUCCGGACUCCCCCCAGGUGGACCAGCUCGCCAUGCAGCUGCGGAGUGGGUUCGCCGCAUUCUCUCCCACCUCUCCUCCGAGCGAUCUGGAGAGAUUGGCAGAGGAUCUCCGGAGGCUGAUCCUGCUCCAGAGAGCUACGGCUCCAGCGCCAGUGCAGCCGCUCCCUCAGCCUGCGGCUCCAGCGCCAGUGCAGCCGCUCCCUCAGCCUGCGGCUCCAGCGCCAGUGCAGCCGCCCCGUCCGCCUGCAGCUCAUGUGCAGCCGCCCCUGCCUGCGGCUCCAGAGCCCGAGCUGCCGCCCCUGCCUGCGGAUCCAGAGCCCGAGCUGUCGCCCCUGCCUGCGACUCCAGUGCAGCCGCCUCAUCUGCCUGCAGCUCCAGAGCCCGAGCUGCCGCCCCUGCCUGCGGCUCCAGAGCCCGAGCUGCCGCCCCUGCCUGCGGAUCCAGAGCCCGAGCUGCCGCCCCUGCCUGCGGCUCCAGAGCCCGAGCUGCCGCCCCUGCCUGCGGCUCCAGAGCCCGAUCUGCCGCCCCUGCCUGCGGCUCCAGCGCCAGUGCAGCCGCUCCCUCAGCCUGCGGCUCCAGCGCCAGUGCAGCCGCCCCGUUCGCCUGCAGCUCAUGUGCAGCCGCCCCUGCCUGCGGCUCCAGAGCCUGAGCUGCCGCCCCUGCCUGCGGAUCCAGAGCCCGAGCUGCCGCCCCUGCCUGCGGCUCCAGUGCAGCCGUCUCGUCUGCCUGCAGCUCCAGAGCCCGAGCUGCCGCCUCUGCCUGCGGCUCCAGAGCCCGAGCUGCCGCCCCUGCCUGCGGCUCCAGAGCCCGAGCUGCCGCCCCUGCCUGCGGAUCCAGAGCCCGAGCUGCCGCCCCUGCCUGCGGCUCCAGAGCCUGAGCUGCUGCCCCUGCCUGCGGCUCCAGUACAGCCGCCCCGUCCACCUGCAGCUCUCGCGCCCACACCCGAGGCGCUCCCCCUGCCUGCAGCACCCGAGCAGGCACCCCCUCUGCCUGCGCUGCCUACGUCACCCCCUAUGACUCCAGAUCCUGUCCCACUCCAGUCCCGUCUCUCCCUGCGACCCCUACGCCCUCACCCCGGCGACCUCGACCCGACCAAGCGUCGUGCUGUCUGUGUCUCGUAA